GGAAGCCCACCUCCAAUGUACCGGUGGAAGCUGAAUGGCACAGAAAUCAGUCCCAAAUCUGGAUCUCACUACAGCCUUUCUGGAGGCAACCUCAGAAUCAACCAUCUGAACAAAGACCAAGAUGCUGGAACGUAUCAGUGCCUCGCCUCCAACUCUUUUGGGACCAUCGUCAGCCGAGAGGCCAGUCUAACCUUUGCAUACUUGGAAAACUUCAAGACGCACAGAAGAAGCUCUGUAUCAGUCCGUGAAGGUCAAGGAGUGGUUCUGCUGUGUGGCCCUCCACCACAUUCUGGAGAUCUGAUAUUUUCCUGGAUCUUUAACGAGUACCCGACAUUUGUGAAGCAGGACACUCGCCGCUUCAUCUCGCAGGAGACUGGGAAUCUGUACAUUGCCAAAGUGGAGCCGUCAGAUGUGGGCAACUACACCUGCGUGGUGACCAACACCGUCACAAAGACCCGAGUCCAGGGUCCACCCACUCCACUAGUGCUCCGCAGUGAUGGUGUGAUGGGUGAAUACGAGCCAAAGAUUGAAGUUCAGUUCCCAGAGGUCGUUCAUGUUGCCAAAGGAUCCACUAUAAAACUGGAAUGUUUCGCUCUGGGAAACCCUGUGCCCUCUAUAAACUGGAGAAGAGCAGACAGCGUUCCCUUCCCCAGGAAAGUGGACAUGAGGAAAGCCAGCGGCGUCCUGGAAAUCCCAUAUUUCCAGCAGGAGGACGCCGGCACGUACGAGUGUGUGGCGGAGAACUCCAGGGGAAUGAACACGGUGAAAGGAAAGCUCUCUUUCUACGCGCCUCCUCAUCUUAUCGAGAAACCCGAAGAUGUCCAAAAGCUCAUUGAUGACUCGGUGGCGUGGGAAUGCAAAGCCACAGGAAAGCCGAAGCCUUCCUACAGGUGGAUGAAAAACGGAGAGAGCCUGGAGUCUGCAGAGCGCAUACAGGUUGGCAACGGAGUGUUGUCAAUCAGUCGCCUGACCCUGUCGGACACAGGAAUGUACCAGUGUGUGGCCGGGAAUAAGCACGGAGAGGUCUACUCCAAUGCAGAGCUCAGAGUUAUAGCUGUUGCCCCAGAUUUCUCUCACAACCAACUGAGGAGCCAGACGCUGGUGAAGGUAGGAGGAGAUGUGCUCAUCGAGUGCAAGCCCAAGAUGUCUCCGUGGGGUUUGAUCUCGUGGCGGAAGGGCAGCGAACCGCUCCGAGAAAGUAACAGGGUUUCCAUUCUGCACAACGGUAACCUUCGCAUAUGGAACGUAACCAAAUCUGACGCAAGCCUCUACACCUGUGUGGCAAGCAACCUGUUUGGCGUGGCGAGCAGCACAGGAAGCAUCACAGUUAAAGAGCCGACCAUCAUCACCACCCAGCCGUCCACGCUGGACGUCACCGUGGGGGAGAGUGUGGUCCUGCCCUGUCAAGUCAGCCACGAUCCAUCUCUGGAGCUCAAGUUCACCUGGUUCUUCAACGAGCAGCUCAUCCACUUUGGGGGCCACGGUGGAUUUUUUGAAAAAGUCGGCGGCCAGCAUUCGGCAGGGGACAUUAUGGUUCGAAACAUCCAGCUGAGGCACGCGGGGAAGUACACAUGCGCCGUGCAAACCAAGGUGGACAGCAUUUCCAUCGCUGUUGACUUGGUUGUCAGAGGUCCCCCGAGCCCCCCCACCAGCAUCCACGUAGAAGAAAUCACUGAUACCAAAGCCUCUCUGUCCUGGAGGCCUGGUCCUGAUAAUCACAGUCCAAUUACGGCAUACACCAUCCAGGCCAGGACACCAUUUUCCCUCGGGUGGCAGGCUGUCACCACAGAUCCUGAGGUGGUGGGGGGCCACCGGCUGACAGCUAAAGUAAUAGACCUGAGCCCCUGGGUGGAGUAUGAGUUUCGAGUCCUGGCAAGCAACACCAUCGGGACCGGCGAGCCCAGCAAGCCGUCCAAACAAGCAAGGACAAAGGGGACCUCACCGAAGGUCACACCAGCUAAUGUGAGCGGAGGCGGUGGCAGUCGCUCCGAAUUAGUCAUCACAUGGGAGCCUGUUCCAGAGGAGCAGCAGAAUGGAGCAGGGUUCGGCUACGUUGUGGCUUUUCGACCACACGGUGCCACCGGCUGGAUGCAGGCUGCAGUCCCUUCCCCCGAGGCAUCCAGAUACGUUUUUAAAAACGAGAGCAUCCAACCCUUCUCGCCUUUCCACGUGAAGGUCGGGGUUUACAACAAUGAAGGGGAAGGCCCUUUCGGACCUGUUACCACUAUCUACUCUGCUGAGGAAGAGCCUGGCCGAGCGCCCACAAGGGUCCGUGCCAAGAGCCUCUCUGCAUCCGAGAUUGAAGUUCUAUGGAAAGCUCUGCCCUGGAACGCCAGCAAGAAACGUGUACUGGGCUAUGAGCUGAGGUACUGGAGUAGAAGUGAAAGGGAAGACACAGCCAGCGUGCAAAGGACUGUAGGAAACCAAACAUCAACUAUUAUCCGGGGGCUGAAAGGCAGCACUACUUAUUACAUCUCAGUGAGGGCAUAUAACACUGCAGGAACGGGGCCACCUAGCUCCACUGUGAACGUUACCACCAAAAAACCACCACCCAGUCAGCCGCCGGGUAAGGUGAUGUGGAACACAUCAAACUCCAAGAUUAUAUUGAACUGGGAGCAGGUCAAAGCCCUGGAGAAUGAGUCAGAGGUCACUGGUUACAAAGUGCUAUACAAGAAGAACCGUCAUAGCCGCCCAAACGUCAUGGAGACCAACACGACCUCUGUAGAGCUCGCCCUGCCUACUGAUGAGGAUUAUAUCAUCCAGAUCAAGCCGUUUGGAGAGGGAGGGGAAGGCAGCAGUAGCAGGCAGAUCACCAUCCCAAGGAUACCAGGCCCCAACGCAGUUGGCUCAGCAUCCAAGGUCUCCACUCUAUCAGCCCUCAGUACAAUAGCACUGUCUUUCACAGCACGGACAUCUUUAUGA